GCAAUUUCGAUUUCAACGUACAAAGACUCGGUUCAAUCAACGUGCACGAAUGCAUCUCAAAAUAAAUCGUUCGCAUUGAUUUUCAUCGUUCAAAGUGUUUGUAUAAUGAGUUAAAAUGAAUUGUUUUUUUUUUCUUAAAAAAAAUCAUAUUGUUCGUAUAGUUAAAUAAGGAACGAAUGAUUGUGUUGGUGAAAAAUGUUCCUUUCUUAGGUAUAAUUCGGCUUAUUCGAAUAUGAAGACGAGUCCAGCAGCUGAAGAAAAUCCUAAUGGAGUUCUGCGUAGAAUAUCAUUUAAUAUAUCACCUUUGACACCUCGAGUUGUGAGAGCAAGAUCUAAAUCUGUCACUCAUGUGUCUUCAAAAUAUGAGAGUUUGGACUACGACGUUUGGGAGAAUGAUAUAUUAGUUAAAGAAGAACAAUCGAACGGUUACCAUGUUAUUUUAAGAACAAAUAUUAUAAGAUGGAUGCUUUAUUUACUCACCGGUUUGAUCACUGGAAUGAUAGCUGUAGCUAUCGAUUACGUUGUCGAUCAUUUAUUUGCAUGGAAGGCGAGAAUUUUACAAUCUUAUAUGAAUUAUUGUUUCGAAAAACCGUGUUCUAAUUUCGCUUACACAGCAUGGUAUUUAUCAGUAAUCAUACCAGCUUUGAUGGGAUGCUUGGUGGUAGUUCUGUUCGAACCGAGUGCUGCUGGAAGUGGCAUUCCUUCCGUAAUAUCGCAUUUGAACGGAGUUAAAAUACCUAAAUUUGCUAACUCGAAAGCCUUAUUUAUUAAGAUAUGCAGCCUAAUGUGCAGCUGCGUUUCGGGUUUGGCGACUGGAAAGGAAGGUCCAUUCAUUUACAUCGGAUCAACUGUCGGUAGUAUAAUGUCAUCGUUGAAAUUAUACAAAGUACCAUACUUGUCGAAAAACUUAUUCCGUUUAAAUUCCGUCCAAGAAGAGAGAGAUCUCAUGGCAGGAGGAGUCGCAGCCGGCGUAUCUGCUGCAUUUGGUUCACCAGUAGGAGCUACGUUACUGAGUUUAGAAGAAGGUACCAGCUUCUGGAGUGUAAUGCUGAUGUGGAAAAUAUUCUUCUGCGCUAUUUUCGCUAGUUUUUCGUUUGGUACGGCUAUAAACAUGAUAUACGGAAACUCGGAUCCACCCGGCCAGCAUACGUAUUUUGGAAAAUUCAACGAGACUAUGGUCGAGUACGAGUAUUUCGAGUUACCUUUUUUUUUCGGCGUCGGUGUCAUCGGAGGUUUGAUCGGAGCUUUUUUUGUUUUUAUUCAAUUGAAAGUGUCCGUGUUUCGGAUGAGAUAUGUGAAUACCAAAUUACUCAAGAUUAUAGACACUAUCGUGAUUUCAUUUUUAACCGCUGCGUUGGGUAUUUUUUCCAUGUAUUCGCUGCGAUCGUGUAAUGAAAUUAUACCGCAAGUGUACGAGCCUCAUUUCACAUUGAAGAUGUUUUGUGAAGAAAGCCAACACAACCAAAUGAGCGUUUUCUGGUUCCAAAAUCAAGAACAAUUGCUAAGAUUGCUUUUUCAUAGUCCUAUAAAUACCUUUGGUUUUCUUACUCUGAGUGUGUACUUUGUGAUAUAUUUCUUCCUGUUUUCAUUGACGGCAGGAUUAAGCCUAUCUGUCGGCAUAUUCAUUCCUUCGUUGAUACUGGGUGCCACAUGGGGUCGUAUUUUUGGCUUGAUAAUGCAUAAAAUUUUCCCUCAAUUGGGAUGGGCUGUACCUGCAAAAUAUGCGCUUCUUGGUGCUGCAUCACAGCAAAGUGGUAUCGUAAGAAUUACCAUUAGUCUAAUUGUGAUCGUCGUAGAAGCAACAGGAACGUUAAAUUUCGUAUUCCCAUUAAUGUUGACUUUGUUCACUACCAAAUGGGUUGGAGAUUUUUUCACCGAAGGAAUUUAUAAAAUGCAAAUAAAUCUAUCCGGUAUUCCAAUCUUGCCAGCUGAACCACCUCCUUUGACCAGUGACAUUGUAGCUAAAGAUUUAAUGAAUACUAAAGUAGUAGCUUUUCCUUUGAUCGUCUCUGUGGAUUAUAUCGUCGAUACGUUGUCAAAAGUCUCUCAUCAAGGGUUUCCCGUUGUGAAAGAAAUUAACUCGUUGAAAGGUGGCAAUAUUGGAUUGAAAACAUGUGGAGAAUUACGAGGGUUUAUUUUAAGAUCGCAGUUGAUAACGUUGUUAAUUACCAAAUCUUAUACCAUACCUACCACUGCCGAAGAAAUCCAUCGUAUGAUACAGUUAUUUCUAGAAUACAAGUCCAAGACGAUGUUGAUAACGGAGGUGGAUCUUAGCGAAGAAGAAAGAAAAUACAAUAUUGAUUUGAGUCCGUACAUGAAUCCUUCUCCAUAUUGCGUUCAAUUGGUCAUGUCAUUUCCACGUAUUUUUCGUUUACUGAAAAGCCUCGGACUUCGUCACGUUAUCGUCGUAGAUAACAAAAAUCAAGUAAUGGGAAUAAUAACACGAAAGGAUUUAGCCAAGUUUAGAUUAUGGAGAUACGCGGUAACGAUGGGAUUAAAAGAAUUACGAGUUCAAUAAAAGCACGUUGCGCCUAUUCUGCGAUGAUUAAUCGAUAUAUGUACCUACGAUCGAUAUUAAUUUUCAUUAAUUUAUUUCUGUUUGUGAUCUAAUUAGAUAUUUCCAAGUGUUACGGUUUUCGCAUACAUUCCAAAACCAAUUCGCUGUAUAUUGAUAACCUAACCGGUGUUUAAUAAGGCGUUAAAUUCAAUACGUUCGGUUAAUUUAUUACUUAUGAAUAGAUCGAUAGUUCUCGAAGGCGGUCUAUCGUUUACGAAAAUAUUGAUGAAACGUGAACUUUAUCGUUCAUUUUUACCUUUUAUCAGCUUGUUUAUUAAUUAUUUAAGAGUGGUUUGGGGGAAUUUGAGCAGUCAUUCGACGUACAUCGUACAUACCUGUGUUACCUAUACCGAAAUCAACUCGUGUAUGAGAAAGAGUUCUACUUUGGAGCUUGGAGAUAAUGAAUUGAUCGAAUGUUCCUCGCAAAAUGUCAAUAAAUUAAAUGUAAUCA